AUGGAACCCUUUUCAUUUGCUAGCUCGGAGUCGUUAGACCGUCAAGUUAGCAUACGCAUAAUUAAUCUAGAGGGCGAUGAAACUCCGCAUCUGUACUCAACAUUGUUGUCAAGGCCUGAGCUUAGACAUAUAGGCUCUAAUCUGAGUCCACAUUCCGAUCUCUAUGUUACUGUCCAAGUAUGGGCUGGCUCCAAGCCCUUAACCGUCCCAAUACAAACAUCGUACAAGCCAUUUCGCAAUGAAAGAAGAUGGAACGAAUGGCUUGAUCUACCGAUACCAUACAAAUCUCUCCCGAUCAACUCAUACCUUGCAAUAACGAUAUGGGACCUCUCCCCUACCGGCGGGAAACAAGCGCAGGGCCACGCGAUUCCCUUUGGCGGGACGACACUCCCACUUUUCGACCAGGACAACCAGCUCCAGAAGGGCAGACAGAAAUGCCUAGUUCACCGCCACAAACAGGCAGAUGGAAAUGAUAAUACUACUACACCGUCAAGCAUAGCGAAGAAGAGAGGUUCCUCCAAAAAAGACGACACUCUCGUGGAUAAGGAAACUGAAGAGCUUGAACGUUUGGAAAAAUUAUUCAAGAAGCACGAGAUGAAUGAGAUACCUAGGGUUGAAUGGCUUGACCAGCUUGUAUUCCGAGAAACCGAGAAGCGUGGCUUGAAAGCAGCAAAGAACUCAGUCAAAUCAUUUCAACGCCAAGCGACGCCGACUACUGAUGCUGGGAAGGAUGGGGGCGAAGAUAAAACUACCGACUUAGCGGCUGAAAGUCCGCCGAGACCUGGCCCAUCGAGAUUUAUGCUGAAUGUCGAACUGCCUCGCUUUGAUUUUCCUGUCGUAUUCGCAGAUCACGAGUAUCCGCCGCCGCCCAUCUCAUCUUUCCAGCACCUUUCAGCUUCUCAAUCGAAUAUUAUUCUAAAACCUCCCCCUGAGGUGUCAUAUGGCCCUGGGAUCAAUGGGCCUGGUGAAGCAGGAAACAGGAUGGAUGGUCGCAUAGUCAGAAUAUAUGAUCCCGAAGUUGGUGCGCGGGAUAACCCUGCAGAAAGCAAGCAUAGACGCCUAGUCAGGAGUCAGCAUCGCCAUGGAAUUCUAGACAAAGACUUGAGACCUAAUGCAAAGGUUCGUGACGAGCUUAAUAUGAUUAUGUCAUAUUCGCCUACCCAUGUUCUGUCUCCAGAAGAAAAGGAUCUUGUCUGGAAGUUUCGUUACCACUUGACUAAGGAUAAGCGGGCUCUCACGAAGUUUGUCAAGUCCGUUAAUUGGCAGGACCAGAGCGAAUCUAAGCAAGCAAUUCAAGUCCUUAGCAAAUGGACUGAUAUUGAUGUGGACGAUGCGCUUGAGCUGCUCGGUCCUACCUUUGAUAACCGGGCCGUAAGAGCGUAUGCUGUGGAGCGACUGAGGAAGGCCGAUGAUCAUGAGUUGCUCCUUUACUUACUACAGCUGGUUCAAGCUUUGAAGUUCGAACAUAUCUCAGCUGACUCCAAUGAAGCUACUGUACGAGCAUCUUCCUUAGCAAAUUUCUUAAUUUCUCGAGCUGUCCAGAACUUUACCCUUGGAAACUAUUUUUACUGGUACCUUGGGGUUGAAUAUGACGACAAGAGCAAUGAACAAGGCGAAGAAGUUCGUACUAUGUACGCAAAGGUUCAAUAUGACUUCAUGAAGGAACUUGAGGACCGCCCAGGUGGCCGCGAAACGAGAAUAACCAUUAGAAGACAAGCCGAGCUUGUUACAGUCUUAUCUAAAAUUUCGGCCGAAAUCCAGGCCUCUAAUGAGUCGGUUGCCCGCAAGGCUGAUAAAGUCAAAAAUUUCCUAGCGGAUCCAAAAAACGAACUCUUAUCUAUUGACCCGGCCGUACCUAUACCCCUGGAUCCAUCGGUCAUGGUCACGGGAGUCAUUCCGGAAGAGACGCGGGUUUUUAAAUCAUCUCUUUCGCCAAUCAUGGUCACAUUCAAGACAGUAUCAGGAAGCAAGUACCCUAUCAUCUUCAAGACUGGCGAUGACCUGCGUCAGGACCAGCUCGUUAUCCAGAUCAUCACUCUCAUGGAUCAACUACUCCAAAAGGAGAACUUGGAUCUCAAACUGACGCCUUACAAAAUUCUCGCGACUAGUACAACUGCUGGAGCCUCUCAGUUUAUCCCGUCCCAGACAUUUGCUGCAAUCGCUUAUAAAUAUCGUAACAACCCUGCCCUUGCCUACCUCAAGCAACAUAAUCCUGAUGAGCGAGCAUAUUUGGGAGUACGCAAGGAAACCCUUGACACGUUUAUAAAAUCGUGCGCGGGCUACUGUGUAAUCACCUAUAUAUUAGGAGUGGGCGAUCGACAUCUCGAUAACCUUCUCCUCACACCAGACGGACAUUUCUUUCACGCUGAUUUCGGGUUUAUCCUCGGCCGGGACCCUAAACCGUUUGCACCAGCAGUCAAGCUUAGCAAGGAGAUGGCAGACGCGAUGGGCGGCUCAAAUCCCCCUAGCGAGCAGUAUCUGCAGUUUAAGCAAUACUGCUUUCUGGCGUUCGCAGCGCUGCGGAAAUCGUCGAACCUCAUUCUGAACCUGUUCAGUCUAAUGGUCCAUGCUAAUAUCCCGGACAUCAAGAUUGAGCCGGACAAGGCGGUUUUCAAGGUAAAGGAGCGUUUCCAUUUAGAAUUGAAUGAAGAGGAUGCGAUUAGACACUUGGAUGGGAUUAUGGAGGACAGUCUUAACGGUAUCAUGCCCGUCGUUAUUGAUCGACUACAUGAUUGGGUCCAAGCGUUUAGACCUUAG